UUUAUACAAACAGAAAAAUAUAAUCAUGGGUAUGACAAAAGCUCUUGUGAUCUUUCUUCACAUUGUUAUAUUAGCAGUUUCGCUCUCACCCCAUGUGGUUUUGACCUCAGGGGCAGAGAUUGAAAAAUUCACAUAUGAUCAUUGCUACCAUUUGUGUGUGCAAGGAGAAUACGGAUCGCGUGAAUGUUUCGUGGACUGUACUCAAAAAGGAUUUUAUAAAGGAGAUUGUGUAAGCCGAACCCCCAAAGAUCCUUUUAGAUGUUGUUGCAAUGACCAUUACACUACUAACUAAAAGAAAAAAAAAACUCAUUUCUCCCUAAUUAAUGCUAAGCUAUCUUCAAACGUUGUACUUUUUACUUUCCUAGCAGUUGUGGGGGAAACUAUU